CCCCCAGCCAACUAUCUCCUCUUAUCAUCAUCUCCUGUCGCCACCAUAGUCCAUACACCUAGUUUCAAACACCAUGUCAAUCCUCUGCAUUUUUCUCUUUCUAACCACCGUCGUCGUCUCCGUAAAGAGCUUACCAAACGCAGAACUUCCUGCGUUUAGAGAAGCACCGGCAUUUCGAAACGGCAGAGAAUGUCCCAAAAAGACAUGGCCUUCAUCAUUCAACAACCUCAACCACCACCACCACGAUCCUUCUAUAAUUCACAUCGCAAUGACACUCGAUGCCACCUACCUCCGUGGCUCCGUAGCCGGAGUCCUCUCCGUCCUCCAACACGCCGCCUGUCCUGAACACAUAGUCUUCCACUUCAUCGCCACUCACCGCCGAGCCGACCUCCGACGCACAAUCACCUCCACAUUCCCUUACCUAACCUUCCAUCUCUACCAUUUCAACACUGAUCUGGUCAGAGGAAAAAUAUCCUCUUCCAUUCGCCGAGCUCUGGAUCAACCGUUGAAUUACGCGCGAAUCUACCUCGCCGACCUCUUACCGUUCACAGUGAGGAGAAUCAUCUACUUCGAUUCUGAUUUAAUCGUGGUCGAUGACGUGGCAAAAUUAUGGAACAUCAAUCUAGGUGCACACGUACUUGGCGCACCAGAAUAUUGCCAUGUUAAUUUUUCUUAUUAUUUUAACUCUCGGUUUUGGUCGAGUCCAGUGUAUGCGACAUCGUUUACGGGGAGGAGAGCGUGCUAUUUUAACACGGGGGUGAUGGUGAUAGAUUUGCGAAAAUGGAGAGAAGGGAAAUACACUGAAAAAUUAGAGUACUGGAUGAGAGUACAGAAGAAGAAUAGGAUUUACGAGUUGGGUUCAUUGCCUCCUUUUUUGCUUGUUUUUGCCGGCGACGUGGAGGGCGUCGAGCAUAGAUGGAAUCAACAUGGGCUUGGAGGCGAUAAUCUUGAAGGGCUGUGCAGGGAUUUGCAUCCCGGUCCGGUAAGUUUGUUACAUUGGAGUGGUAAGGGCAAGCCUUGGCUCAGGUUGAACUCUAAAAGACCGUGUCCGUUGGAUUCUUUGUGGGCACCUUAUGAUCUUUAUCGCCAUCCCACCUUGUUUUGUGAUACCUAGCUAGGUUUGGUUGAUGGUGCUGUGAUCUUGAUGGUAGGACAAAGGUUGAAAUGUGAGGAUUUUUGUCAGGUCUAUCGUUGAGACCUAAGGGGGUUACGGCCGUUAAAAGAAAUUUGUUAACGGCUGUGAUUUUGUGGAAAAUGGAGCGUUCAAUUACUUUGAAAAUGCAGAGAAAAAGUGGGAUCUUCGGUUGUUUGUCAUGGUGAUCCGAGAAAGAUGAUGAUUGGCUGCGUGGAUAAAGGAAAAGCUAGGUGGUGGAGGGUUUUUUUUUUUUUUUUGAAGUAGGUUUUCUUUGAAGAUUAUGGAAAAUCGCUUUCAAAGAGUUUUUGGUCUUGCUUUUGUACAGUAUAAUAAUAAUAGAAAGUAAAAGGGGUAUGGUUAAAUACCAAUAAGGGACCUCCACCUACUACAUUGUUUGAUUAA